UUAUUUCUCAAAUCUACAUCUCUUCUGAUCAGUUCACAUUCCAGACUCAUCCUUCCCAGGCAGAAGUUGGUGAACGCUUGUUACAUAUGCUGCUACUCCAUUUAAGAACGACCAAAGCCAACCUGCUUCCUUCCAUCACAUGUUUCCAAAUGGGGCUCAACAAUAUAUGGGGAUUCUCCUUUUACUGCUGCAUUUCAGUUGGACGUGGGUUGGGGUGAUUUAUACAGCUGAUCCCAAUGGAGAGAGUUUUGUACAAGAUGUGCUUCCCACGUUCUCCAAGAAAAACAUCUGUUUCGACUUCAUUGAAACAUUCCCCAUCAUGACAUUUUCCACUGACAUUGAAGAUGUGAUAUCGGGAGGGAGCAAAGUAUUUAAGGUCGCCAUGAACAGCUCAGCCAAUGCGUUACUUGUCCAUGGUGAAACUUCAACCGUGGCAGUUAUGAGAACAUUACUGCAUUUCUUAGCAUUUGAAAAUGAACCUAUGAAGACAAAAGUCUGGAUUAUGACUGCUGAGAUGGAGUUCACAACAUUUCAUAUUCAAAGAGAUUGGAACGUAGGUUUCAUUCAUGGUGCAAUUUCUCUCGCAGUUCCUUCCAAGAAAUCAUUGGGAUUCCAGAAAUUUAUUCGGAAGAGAAAACCUUUCAUGGAAAAUGAAGAUGGCUUCAUCCGGGACUUUUGGGAAAAUGCAUUUGCCUGUUCUUUUCCUGAUUCCAUGGAGGACAAGAAUGGUGGGCCAAUCUGUACUGGGAGGGAGAAACUGGAGAGUCUUCCCAACACAGUGUUUGAAAUGAGCAUGACUGGCCACAGCAACAGUGUGUAUGAUGCUGUCUAUGCUAUCGCCUAUGCCUUACAGGCCAUGCAGUUGCAAAGAGUCAAGCACUCAGCAAUGCAGGAUACAGAAAGACAGAAGCUUCUGCAUCAAAAGGCAUGGCAGCUCCACGUCUUUCUGAGAGGCGUCUCCUUUAACAACAGUGAUGAGGGGAAAAUUGCCUUCAAUCAAAAUGGAGAGUUAAUAGCUGGAUUUGAUAUUAUCAAUUGGGUCACGUUCCCAAACCAGUCCUUCCUUCGAGUCAAAGUUGGGCAGAUAGAUCCUGGAGCUCCCUCACGCAAAGUGUUCUCCAUCCACGAAGAAGCCAUCACCUGGCCCAGCGGGUUCAACCAGACGCAACCCCUUUCCGUAUGUAAUAAACCAUGCCUCUUGGGUCAUAGUAGGGCGCAGAAGGAAGGGAAGCCAUUUUGCUGUUAUGAUUGCGUUCCAUGUCCAAAAGGGAGGAUUUCAAACCAGACAGACAUGGAUUACUGUUUCCCAUGUCCAGAAGAUCGGUACCCUAACAGUGACCAAGAUUCAUGCCUUCCCAAAGACAUCACCUACCUGUCUUAUGAAGAACCUUUAGGCAUCAGCUUGGCUAUUUUUGGUCUCUCCUUUGCUUUCAUCACAACAUUGGUCCUUGGCACUUUUGUGAAGCACCAGGACACUCCCAUUGUCAAGGCCAACAACCGGAGCCUCUCCUACGUUCUCCUUGUCUCUCUCGUCAUGUGCUUCCUGUGUGCUCUGCUCUUCCUUGGCAAACCAGGGAAAGGCACGUGCCUCAUCCGUCAAACGGGCUUUGCCGUCACUUUCUCAGUGGCUGUUUCAUGUGUGUUGGCCAAAACCAUCACUGUGAUUCUAGCUUUCAUGGCUACCAAGCCAGGGUCCAGCAUGAGGAAGUGGGUGGGGAGAAGGCUGGCCAGCUCCAUAGUAAUCUCCUGUUCCCUUUCCCAAGCCACUCUGUGUACUGUGUGGCUUGCCACCUUUCCUCCCUUCCCACAUUUUGACAUGCACUCAGUACCUAAAGAAAUCAUUCUGGAGUGUAACGAAGGGUCAGUGGCCAUGUUUUACUGUGUCCUGGCCUUCAUGGGCCUCCUGGCACUGGUGAGCUUCACGGUGGCUUUCCUAGCCAGGAAGUUACCCGAUAGUUUCCACGAAACCAAAUCCAUCACCUUCAGCAUGCUGGUCUUCUGCAGUGUGUGGGUGACCUUUGUUCCCACCUACUUGAGCACCAAGGGGAAGUCCAUGGUGGCCGUGGAGGUCUUCUCCAUCUUGGCCUCCAGUGCUGGCUUACUGGGAUGUAUCUUCUUCCCCAAAUGCUACAUCAUUGUGCUGAGACCUGAUCUGAAUAAGAAAGAGCAACUAUUAAAGAGAAUCAAUUAAGGACUAUACCUGUGUUUUCUGGUGUAGGAAGUCGUGAAGACCAAUGUGUGUGCCUAGCGGUGCUACGCCAUGGACCCUCUGUCCCUUGUGUUGCUCAUACUUAUUCUACCCAUGAAUCCAUUCCCUGCUCUAGUCAAGAUGGGGCGCUUGGGAAUGUUUCUUAUCUUUAUAUGCCUCAGGAUGAUCACUAAGGCCUUUGCCUGGCCUAUAUUAAUUCCCACUAUUCUUACCACUCUUCAUUAUCA